AUGAGUCAGAGUGUAGGGUUUGAAUGGGGGUUUCGCCCCAGCGUUUGCAACGAAAACAGUGAUGUAAGUGGGAGAAACAGGAAUUCGCAAAGAAGUGGCGGCAUUGCCAAUGGUAUGGCUAGCAGCAGCAGCAGUGCGUCAUCUGGUAAUGGAGUUGCGCAUGGGCAACUGCAUUCGAGUUUGCAUGGAAAUACAGGCGUUUCUAUUAACCGAAUUUCGAAGCCAAGAGGCAAGAGGCGGUAUACUGAGGAAGAUGUGCAAGGGUCAGUGGCCGUUACGCCUGCUGCUCCGGCUGCUGCUGCUGGAGCUGGAGCUGGAGCUCCAGCAUCUGGAUAUAGAGUGAGCAAGAGGAAGCCUGCGUACCGGAACUUCAUUCAAGGGCAACCACUUCCAUUCCCAAGGUCUGUCGAACUUAUGGACAAACAACUGCUCCAAUCAGUGCUACUCUCGUUGGUGAGGGAGCAUCCAGAGAUCCAGCACGCUUUGCUAAGUAAGGUUCAGUCGCUCAGCUUCAAUAUGGAGCAGUACAUGACGAUUUUGGAGGAGAAACUCAGAAAAGUGUACGAGGAUAUCCCAUAUUCUAAAUAUAACCAGAACUCCGACGGUUCGUUGAACGAUUAUGCAUUUGGCCGUAUGAAAGCGUCCAUUAUGGAGUUUUUGAACUGCAUCAUUGACUACCUUUUGUCCAGCAUUCCACCCCAAUCGGAUAACGUGGUGCAAUCUUUGAGGUUCCUCAAAUGCUGCACGGAGCUUUUGAACCAAUUGCCCGAAUUUGAAACUGCUUCUAAUAACUAUUACAAAAACAUGUGCUUCGAGCAAAUAUCGGAAAUCUGGUGCAGUUGUAUACAAUUCGCAUCCACAGACUUGUCCUUCAUGUCCGUGAUUUCGAACUUGGAGGAGUGGGAAACAGAAUUACGAACCUUGAAUCAUCGGUCCAAUGAUAAGCUUCAGAAACCGUUGCAACUCAUAGCCUCGAUCAAGAACAGCGGAGCUUUGGUGGGGCAAAACGGUCAUUCUCUAUCACAAAGCCAGCCAUCUACCAUGGGCUUUCUAAACAUCAGUAGCUGA